AUGAUUCCUCAUCGCACCAUCUCCCUCGUUGCUAUCGUCGUUUUCUUUGCCUUUCUGCUACUGAUCUUCUCUUCUACUCCGAUCUCCGAUCAAUCGUCGUCACCAGUCUUCGGGCCUGCCAAAUAUGUUCCGCAUCCGAAGCUGCCAUCCUUGAGCAACAUCCGCUUCCCGUUUCGUCCAGCAGCGCACCGUCCUCCGGAACAGAAGAACAGUACCAGCGGAGAGUCCAGCUGGUUUAGUGACUGGAGCUGGCUCAAUCCCUUCUCGUCAUCUAUCACCCUGGACGAGAACCGCUCCGUCCUGCCACCGCUGCGGGAGCGGCCCCCGGUUUACACCUAUUAUGACAACAAUGGACAGAAUGACAAGGACGAGCAGGCAGCAGAUAGCAAGCUGCUUCUGGCCUGGCGGAGGGCGUGGUUUGCGCAGGGCUUCCGUCCGGUUGUCCUGAGUCGUGGAGAGGCGAUGAACAACCAACUCUACGAGGCUGUGCAGAGACUCAAGUUGGAUCCCCAGCUGGAAGCUCAUUUCUUUAGUUGGCUGGCUUGGAGCCACAUGGGCACAGGCAUCCUUGCAGACUGGCGGUGUUUCCCCAUGGCUAAGUAUGACGACGAGCUGCUGUCGUAUCUGCGCCGUGGUGCUGUCCCUACUCAUAUCACCCGCUUCGAAAACCUCGAUAGCGGGCUUUUUGCAGGAGAGAAGACGCGCAUUGACGAGGCCCUCAAGGAGGCGAUCAAGAACGCGAACGAUCACGCUAAAUCCAUCACCGAAAUUAUCCCGCCCGAUUUCUUCAAAGUAGAGCAGCCCAGUGCGCUGGCUUUCUACGAUUCCGCAACUAUCACGUCCCACUACCCGACCCUCGCUGAGAAGCACGUGGACUCUUCCGCUGCAGGCCGCCUCGCGUUGACGGAAUUAAUUAACUCUCAUUUGCACAAUACUUUCCAGAACACCUUCGUCUCCGGUAUUGCUGUUCUCAAACCGUUCCCGGAACAUACCACCGCCCUGGUCGAGCCGGUGCUGCUCCUCGCAAAGGCCCUCAUCCAAUGUCCUCCGUCGACACUGCCUACCUCGUGUCCCCCCAAUCGUCCCAAAUGCGUUCCCUGCGCCUCAGCCAAGGCGAUGCCGAUCACCCAGCCGUCCGUAUUCAAAAACACUUCUGAGAUCUUCACGAUUGGUGCCAUCCCGCACCCGUAUACCUUGAUCAGUCUGCUGAAGGGAUCUGAUGAUAUCAGCACCCGGUAUAUUCGACGAGAGACACAGCGUGAUCAGUGGUUGAAGGAAGUCACCCUCGACUUGCUUGGCACAGAACGUGGAGGCCCUUCCCGAGUAGUGACAUUCAAAGAGGCCGUCGCUGGAGACGCUGCGGUCCCUCGUUCGCUAUGGAUGACUGUCGAAUCCCUUCCAGCUAAAGCGGGAGAGGGUCUUUCGCCCUCUCUUCUGGACGAGAUGGAGUGGCAAUUUGGAUUUGCUAUCCCGCGGAACACACAAGCGGGCGAGAAGAAGGAGAAGGAGAAGGAGACGAGGGAGACGAAGGAGACGAAGGAUGGAAAGGGCGCCGUAGGUGCCAAGGAUGGUGUCGACAGAGAAUAUAUUCUGCUCGACAAGGCUCGAGAAGUACUCAGGAGCAAAGACACAAACCGGAUUGGUGUCCGAGACGUGGCUGAAGCCUGGAAUCUUGCCGAUACUGAGGCAUGGCGCUUCGUGAGGGCUUAUCGGGCCCGAAGUGUGGUCGAGCGCAAGAAGUGGGAGGAAGAGGAAAAGAACUUUGUCGGCGCGCGCAUGGAAGAGUAG